AUGAUGGCGAUUACAACAAGAACAACAACAAAGGAUACAUCACUUGUGGAGUCUAGUUACGAAAGUGCUAGAGAGUCGAGCAGUAUCUCUCGGGACCAAUCUGUAGCUCCAGUUUCUGAAACGACUACCUCGGCCAAGGCAUCUACCGCAGCAGAGUCAAGCGCCACUACCUCAUUCAGUUUAACAACUGGCAGUACUACCUCGGAUGCCUCUACAGAAUUUACUAUUUCAUCGCCAGUUCCUCGUGAAUCGAGCACCAAGGGAGUGUCUCUAACCACUGCCCCGACUUUGACGACAGAAGUAGACACAUCUAUUGGGACAGCAGAGUCGACUUUGAUUGAAGCAGCUUCAUCAGAGACAAGUGAGGCUGAUACAACUCGGUCUGAGGAUAGUACUUCAAGUGUUGAACCUGAGACUUCUACUAUAGAGGGAACGACUGCCGUCUCUAACAGCGAAGCUACGACUGAUCAGACGGAAAUGAUUAUAGAAUCCACUACUUCAGAAACUUCAACUACAGAAUUUACCACUUUGGAGGCUUCUACUUCAGAUUCCAGCACUCUAGAGACUUCUGCCUUACAAUCUACCAGUUCUCAGUCUACCAGUUUAGAGUCUACGACCAAUUUACCAAGCACCACAGCAGCACAAUCAACAUCCAACAGUCCCACAGACACAACUCUCAGCGCAGCACCAACAAGCACGGAUGAGUGCACAGCCCUCAGCGAUCCCUACACAGCCAGCAACGGCGAUCGCUUCGACCUGAGCUGUAGCUCUAACCUAGCGUUCUUCAACGGCGGUGGUGUUGAACAAGCAGACCUGGUAGAUUGCUUGGAAGACUGCUCCACUGAUCCAAGCUGCGAGGGUGUGCAGUACACCAAGGCUAACCAGAACUGUGUUUUUCUUUCACAGAAAGUCGGAACCGUACCUAACAAUGCAUAUGAUGUUGCUUUUCGGGCUUGA